CAAUUUUCCUCACAGCAUGUUCCUCUCACGACCGGCACUCGGCGGUCUCGUCUGGUUUGGCAAGCACGCCAAGUCGCGCAAGAUGACCGCGACGCGGAAAGACACUGCACGCGAUUCCCUCAAGCUGGUCGCCCAGAACACAUUCGUGCUCUCCCGUCCCUUCAUCACAGCGAACCAAGAGCUCCGCGGAUUCCGCGACAUCGACCCUGAAUCGCUCACCACGCAAGAGCGCGAGCGGCUGCAAAAGUACCUCCAGCCAAAGUACGAGUCCAAGAAGUUGAUUGUGCCAAAGUCGUCCGCUCCCACCAUGGCUCGCCAAGCGCGUCGCAUGUUGGGCUACACUCCACCCCGGCCAGCAUAUACCACGCCUGUUGACCAGGCCAAGCCAGCAAAAUCAUCGGCGGCUGCUGCUGCGAAACUGGCCACCGCACCAAUCCCUCGAUCCGCCGCUGCCGCUGCAGCUCUCAGCACGAUCUCCGCCUUCCGACCAAAGCCAUAACGUUGCCCCCACACACAUGUCAAAGGGAGCAGCUGUCCCAGACGUGCGGCAUAUCCACUCCCUUUGAUGGUUUUCAUUCAAUCAAAUGUAUUGUACAAAAAAUCAUAAAAACAUAACAAA